UCAUCAUUCUCAUCCAGAUCUCUUGCCAUGUUUCUAUAUCUUCAAAAACAUAUUUUCUAUACCCGUCGGUGUUCCAUUCUAAAUUGCACAUUCUUCCUUAAGAGGCAACUUCAUUAUCCUUUUCAAACCUUUUUAGCAUAUAUUUUCUACAUUUGAGGAGUUGACUUGAGCGCCAUGAAUCCAAGAAGCUCUUCAACAGCGUAUGGUGUCCGUAGCUUUGCCACCUUGCUGAUAUGCCGCUAUAGAGUUAGUCCGGGGAGCACAAUUGGUGUUCAGGCCCACAAGCAUAUCACCGGUGAUAUGAGGCUUUUCAAUUCCAAGAUGGGGUAUGGCAUUGGUAGCUCAAUGCACCAAGCCCUAACCAUUUCCCGUUGCAAUUCCACAAAAAGACCAGAGUCUAAAAUGGAACAAGAAGACACCUUACAGGUUCUGUCGUCUGAUCCAGAUUCUCCAAAGCCUAGCAUCUUUUAUUGGGUAAAAUGGGUUUUGGGCACGAUCUUGCCCUUGCUCUUCUCAUCAUGGAAGCAAAAAUGGGACAACAUGCUAAAGCUAGAAGAUAAGCUCGAAGAGGUUGUUAAAGAGGUUGAGGAAGUGGCCGAGGUGGUAGAAAAGGUUGCGUCCACAACCGAAAAAUUAUCAGCAGAGGUUGCAGAGAAUCUAAACAAUGGUGAAAUGAGAGAAAUUGCUCUUAUGGUAGAACAUGUAUCUAGUGUCACUGUAAAGGAUGCUCGAAUGACCCAAAAUUUCCUCCACAAGGUUGGUGAUCUGAAGCAAGACUUAGCAGAGUUGGAGAAUUUGCAGAUAUGCUAA